CCAAUCCAAUAGCUCAAGGAACCUGGAAAGCUGUUUACUUCUGCUUUAAAAUUCUCUUCUUGGCCUACAGGGCUGACACACUCUGAUGUGAGCAGGAAAUUUCCUAUAGAUGAAGCCUUGCUGACCCAGAUGCAGGAAAUUGGAUAAUUGGUUAUUUGGUGACCUGACCACAAAAUCUGAUCCACGAUCAAGAUCCUUGGGGUAACAUUCCACUCCAGAUGAAUCCUCAGCCUAGCUCUUCACAAUCAGAUCGACAUCUCAAAAGUUUAAAUCUCAAGCCAAAUGUUACCCCAGCUCCCCCUAGUGAAGGAAGAGGUCCUAAAGGUUCAGCAGGCAGGAGGCAAUUAGAAGGCCCGGAGCAUGACAUAGAAACAGCUCAUGGCGUGGUACAUGUCACCAUGCGAGGAUCACCGAAGGGGAACAGACCAGUUAUUCUCACUUAUCAUGACAUUGGCCUAAACCAUAAGUCCUGUUUUAAUGCAUUCUUUAACUUUGAAGACAUGCACGAAAUCACCCAACACUUUGCUGUAUGCCACGUGGAUGCUCCAGGCCAGCAGGAAGCUGCACCCCCUUUCCCAACAGGGUACCAGUACCCUACCAUGGAUGAGCUGGCUGAAAUGCUGCCUGCUGUCUUAACUCAUUUAAACCUGAAAGGUAUCAUUGGAAUCGGAGUUGGAGCUGGUGCUUAUAUCCUCAGCAGGUUUGCUCUCAAUCAUCCGGAGCUUGUGGAAGGCCUUAUGCUCAUCAACAUUGACCCCUGCGCCAAAGGCUGGAUUGACUGGGCAACCUCCAAGUUCUCAGGCUGGACAACCAACAUCGUAGACAUUAUUUUGGCUCACCACUUUGGGCAGGAAGAACUGCAGGCCAAUCUUGACCUGAUCCAGACAUAUCGACUCCACAUUGCUCAAGACAUUAACCAAGAAAACCUACAGCUGUUCUUGGGAUCAUAUAAUAGCCGCAGAGAUCUGGAGAUUGAGAGGCCUGUUCUGGGCGUUAAUGACAACAGAACAAAAACUCUGAAGUGUCCUACAUUAUUGGUGGUGGGAGAUAGCUCGCCUGCAGUUGAAGCUGUGGUUGAAUGCAACGCUCGCCUGGACCCUAUGAACACAACCCUACUGAAGAUGGCAGACUGUGGAGGAUUGCCUCAAGUGGUCCAGCCUGGGAAGUUGACUGAAGCCUUCAAAUACUUUGUGCAGGGAAUGGGCUAUAUCCCGUAUGUGCAGCUCAGCCACCUGAGCACCGAGUCAGUUCCGUCGGCCAGCAUGACCCGGCUCCUCCGCUCACGUACUCACUCCACGUCGAGCAUAGGCUCCGGAGAAAGCCUCUACAGUCGGUCUCUCGCCAGCACGCAGUCAGAGGGAACCCCGGGAGCCCUUGAGUCCGCCGACAUCCUAGACAGACCGCAGACCAUGGAGGUGUCCUGCUAAGCAGAUGCGCCUCUUCUGGACUCAUCCGAGUCCCCAGCUGACCCCCCGCCCCCAUAAUAUAGCAUUUCAUCCAGGAAACUGGCACUUCCUGUCCUGACUCAUGCAUGGCCACCUGUAACCUCUUUGUUAGCCUGGAUUGAGGAUUCUUUUAGCCUUUCUUUUGUACAUAUCCAGUGACAGCCCCAUGGUCACAUAACAUUCCAGUCUUAGCAGAUAAUGUCCUUGCCAGCUUUCCCUGUGCUUCCUCAACUAUAUAUCAGAUAAGAUUCUCUGAUCCCAGUUCUCCGUGCGUGUGAGUGGUGUGAAAGCGUGCGUGCGUGAGUGUGAGUGUAGUUCUGUGAAUUUAGAAUCACUUUCUUGUUGAGCUUCUGCGAAGGAAAACAAGGGACUUGUUCUUUCCUGUCUGUUCUCAGUGGUGUUUUCAGGAGAGAAAACGCAGAACAAACUUCGUUCGGUUAGGCCAGCAAGCGCGCUUGUGCUGUGUAGCGCUCACUUCCGUGACGUUGGUUUGCGAGCUUACGUGAAUUCAGAGUAGUGCUGAGGAAUAGAAAAGGUCAGAUUUUGCAUUUGUACCUCUCCUUAAGGAUAAAGGGAAAGCCUCUUGCACAUAGAGGAAAGAGAGGCCAGCCUGGUGCUUCUGUUCAAGUGAAUCCACAUACACUAUUUAUUCUCCAGCCAAAAAAGUGGGAGCAAGUAUUCUCCCCCAAGAGCCUAUGAGCAGGGGCAGUCCUGAUGCAGUGGAGUCGUUUUUAAAGCCGCACGUAUACUUGCCAGACUGGCUGCGGAGCGGAAGGGACGGUUGUUCAGACGACUCGGGAGAAGCCCUCCCGUGCCCGGCGAGGGGGGCUCCUCCAGAUUACAGUCCACCUCUUCCAACCAAAUGGGAGGCCAUGGAUGAAAGGAGUUCUGUAGGCGUUGCGGUGGUACCCAAACAUCACUGUGUUCAGGCAGACCUUAUGCAAACUCCAUUAAAAAUGACAUUAAAAACAAGUGUCUGAAAGAUCCUUUGCCUCGUGACCUCCCUUUUUGUGAGCAGGAAGGUGCUUCCAAGGGGAAAUCUUCCCCCCGGUCUUGCGUGGAGAGAGCCCCAGCGCAAGGCCCCGCCCUGCCUUUCUCGAUGACAAAUUCGUUGCCCAGGUGGCUGGGUGCUAAGCAUGGGGGGCCUUUGGGAGUAGAUGGCUUUAAACUGAAGAAAUAGGAAAGGAGCCACUGCUAGAGUACAACUUUUUACAGAUUAUUAAUAAAGCUCUAUAUGUCUCAUUGUUA